UAAAUGUAAGGUUAGAAUUGUUAUAGUUUACAAGAGCAACUUCAGGGAUAGUACCUCACUCAAAGAUACUACAACCAAAGGUGGGAAUCAAACGAGGAACCUUUGGAUCCCCACGCAGCAGCUCUACCUACUAGGCUAUCAGCUUCGCCACCAGAUCAUCACUCAAGAAACAACAGCCAAAAAAAAGGCUUUAAACCCCCCCCACUCUCCUGAUCUAAAGUAACGCAGCUUAUGGAUUAGACCCCCUGCUUUACCAGUGCAGCUUGGCUAAAACAAAGUUUGGUCACUUGAUGUUCAGCAGAUGCAACACUUUUCCAGCAGGAAAUUAUAACAGAGUUUGCUUUCCGGCGCUCAUGCAGAAGGCCAAUGAAGGACAAGCUUGGAAGUUACAGUCAGAAAGUUUCAAAAUGCAGAUUUCUGGCAGCUUCUUAUGUAAAUCUAACUAAAACAAUAGUUCAUGUUCAAAAAAUGGCAUCACAGGAAACAGAUGAGGGUUUAGUGUGUCAGUUGGGUUCCCUCUGUAGGACACGAUGGACAGGUAGAAUCUGACAGCACACUGACAACAUGGAAUAGAAGAGGAAGAGAUGUGCAAGAGGGGUGGGGUGGGGUGGGGUUUCCUUAAGGGGUUGCUCUGCUGUGGGUGUUUGACCCUGUCUUUAUAGCCUUUUUAAAUUAGAAUAAGAGAAAAAAGGAAGAAAAAAGCAGAAGCUAAAAGUACAGGAACAGCAACGUACCGGUACUGAGGCAGAGCAAGACGUGUAGGCAGCAAAUCAGGAACUGAGCACAGUUUUAGCAGCUCGUGUCUUUGUGUGUCCCCAGAGUGGCCAGUGCUGAGUAACAGCCCGUUGAACACCUUCAUUCUGCUUCAGGACACAGAGGAUGGACGAGGAAUCACCGCAACCCACAACACGAAGAGGGAGGUGGAACUUUUCUUCCCUCCGCGUCAAAGGCACCCAAACCAAGGAGGAGGAUGGCGAGUCAGCAUUUGGGAGGAGGGGGAUGAAGAAGUUUUCCUCCCUCCGGCUGCACCAUCACAAACGUAGGACGUCCUCGGAGAAAGACCCUACCGAGGUCAAUGGGACAGUGAGCCAACUGGCCAGAAUGAACGACGGAACCGUCAUGGCUGGCGAGAACGUCAUCGGCGAAGGCCGCUUCAAGAGGUUCGGCUCGGUGCUGUCCUCCUUCCGGGGGAAGCUGUCCAAAGGCGGAAGUGCCAAGGAGACGGAUCAGCCCCCAGCGACCGUCACAGGAGCGGAGGACCUGUCGGUGAAGGAGCGCUACACCGGCCAGUUCUUCUUUGAGUACCUGGUCGUGGUCAAGAUCAGCAAGAAGCAGGGGGGAGGUUAUGAGCCCAAGAUCAUCUACCAGUUUCCUAAGCGGGACGGGAUGAUGCGAUGCCAGAAGGAGGAGGAGGAGAAGAUCCUGAAGGCCAUCACCCUCUUCUGCUUCCCGGAGGGCAUCAGCUGGGCCCCUCUGACCGAGUACCGCAGUGAGACCUUCUCUUUCGUCCUCACCGAGAUGGAUGGCAGCAGGAGGAACGGCUACUGCAGGAGGCUCCUGCCCCAUGGUGACGGAGCGCGCUCCCCGGAGGCCUAUUGCAUCGUUAGCCGGCUCGCCUGCUUCGGACUUUUCUCCAAGAUCUUCGAUGAGGUGGAGAAGCGGCGGCAGAAAUCUAUGGCGAUGAUCUACCCCUUCAUGCAGAGCCUACGGGAGGCUCCGGUUCCUGCGCCAGGAAACACUGUCAACAUCAAGAGUUUCAUACCUGAGUCUGGCACUGAGAUCAUCAGCCUGACACGGCCAUUGGACUCCUGGCUGGAGCACGUGGACUUCCACACUCUCUUCCGCUGCCUGACAGACAAGCAGGUGUUGAAAGUGUUUGCUUCAACUGUCCUGGAACGCCGCAUCAUCUUCAUUGCUGAAGAGCUCAGCACCCUGUCCCAGGUCAUCAACGCAGUGGCGGCCCUGCUCUACCCCUUCGUCUGGCAGCACACGCUCAUCUCCAUCGUCCCGCAGAUCCUCAUGACCGUCACCAUGGCGCCCACACCUUUCCUGCUGGGCGUGCAAAAGCGUCUGUUUAACGAGAUCAUGGAGGAGGCCGACACCACCAACCUGCUGGUGGUGGACUUGUCUGAAGGAGCUGAGAAAACGUUCAUUGUCGAGGUUGGGGAUGAGUCGUCCAUUCUCCCCCAGAAGCUCCAAGAGGAACUUCUACAGCAACUGAGUGCCAGGAAAGAGAACUCCAGUCCGGAGGAGCUGAACAGGGUCGUCUCGGAGGCCUUUGUGUCCUUCUUUGUGAAAACGGUCGGCCACUUCGCCCCGUACAUCAAACCGCAGGGGGCCGACCAGCCUGCUGUCUUCCAGAAGCGCAACUUCUACAAGGCCAUCGAGCCCAAGAACGUUCGGCACUUCGUUAAGAAGUUCAUGUUGACGCAGAUGUUCGACCUCUUCAUCCAGGAGGCAGAGCAGCGGCAGACGGCCACCCAGGGAGGAUUUUUUUACAAAAAAAUUGUGGAAUACCAAGAAAAGAAGCGGAAAGAGAAGUCAAAGAAACACUAGGAUGGACAGCGAGACCUUUAACACAAGUGCUGGACGAUGAGCUGCGGCAUCAUCACAGGACGUGUGGAAGGCACCUGUCUUUACAUGUGAUCAGAGUAAAUAGUUCUUGUACCUGUGUGAUAGUUUGUAGCUGUUAAAGUGACACGGUUCGGCCCUCCUUCUGGAGCACAGGGUCUUCGGUCUCCCUCCGUAAGGUUCUGCCGUUGAGAAUGAUUAGUUCACUCAGGUAGUGUGAAGGAGCCUGGCUACGGAAACCCGCUCUUCACGGGCAGGACCGGUACACGCUUUAACGUCCCGUCGUGCCGUCUCUGCGUUGUGGGACAGCGCUCUUCAACACUGGAGUCCGUGUGGACGAACCACCUUGUUUUCUCUUUUGUACUUGAGCCGUGUCUCUCUGGAUCACCCAGGAGGUAAACCAAUUUCUAAAGGGAAGUGAAACUGUCUGACGGAGCGCUAACUUUCGGUGCCGCAACAGGAACCUGCGCAGAUGUGACCCGCGGCAACUGGGACGAGGAUCUCCUCGCUCAUUGUUACCACUCCUAUUGUGUACGGUGGAGCCUGGGUCAGGAGUGGAGUGGGGUGGGCCGGGCCAGGCCAGGCCAGGCCAGAGGAAGGAUAUGAGGACCAGCAUUCCACUUAGGCUCAUUUGGAAGUAUGUAAGCGCAGGAAAGCUCAAACCUUUGACCUGCGGUACAUUUACCGCCCUUUACAUCGGAGGUGGGCGGCCCUCUGCUCUGCUCUGCUCUGCUCUGCUCACGCCCUUUUGGGACAGUGAAUCGCCUCACCUGGUGAUCAGGGUGCAAAUAAGAAAUUUAGUGGAGUUCAAAAUUUCGAUCAGCAUUUUUCUCCCCGUUCAGGCCAUGCGCUCUCAUCUUAAUCUCCUGUGGUGCAAACCCAGGAGCCCAUUUUCCAGGUGUAUCUCCAGCUUCUCUCAAAGAUCAGAUGGAAGAAGCCAAAUUAAUUUAUGGCAUCGGUGAAUGACAACUGAUAGCAAACUGGCUUUGUACAAGUUUGCCAGGCCAGGAGUUGAGUCGCACUGGAGAGGGAUUGUACGCAGAACCUGGGCGAAGGCAAUUCUGAUCACUGAAAUGUAAUGAUCAGUUGAGUCGCAACAGGUUCGAGAUACAGAUUAAUUCACGAGGCGCACAAACGAGUCAACGUGCUUCAACUGAUGCGGAAGAAAUGCUCCUUUUAGGUACAGUGUCUGAAAAUGAAUCAAUAAAGGUUAAGGGUUAAGAGUUCAUAAAAUGAGAAAUUGAAUCCCUUCUGUUGGAAAUACAUGUACAUAGUAAUAAAGGUAGAGUAAAUAACGGAGGAGUUUCGUUUGCUGUCAUUGUACAAAUUGUGGUACUUUCUGCUUACAGAAUGGAUUUUAGUGUAGCCUAUAAACCCCGCCCCCCCCAUCUGUGGAAAUCUCAGGAGUUUAUUGCCCCAGGGGUUCCCUGCAUGUCUCUUCACUCCAGGAGCUGAGCAGAGAAGUGACUGGCGGAGAUGAUUCACCGUCCUGUAAUAUUAACCCCUUAGCGAGGAAGGGUCGGACGCCCUGCUUCGAGCGCAUGGGCCUCUUUGUGUUUAUAAACAAGGCGAGUGUGUGGAGAAGAUGGUCAUGUGAAUGCCUGCCUUUGUCCCGGCGCUUUGGCGCGUUAUUUAAUUUCCAGCAUGUGUGAAGCUGAGGCUGGUUUUGCCUUCAAACGACGCAUCCCCCUCCUUUGGGUCUUGCAGGAUUUUGGCCCUGGAACCCCUGUCUUCCUCUCCUUCCCCGACGUGGGGCAUUUUGGAAUGAGCUGUGGGGGAAUUUCCUGUCGACGCUUUUCACAGAUGCUGGAGUCCAUGGAAGUGUGACUCAGCGGUGAGGAAAAAAAAUCCAAACGCUCCGCGUUUCCCCGAAGGCAACGGGGCUGAGGAAUAACCGAGCCCUUUGGGAUCAUCUGCGUGGGGGGGUCUGGGGGCGCGAUGGACCCGUGUUCCUGCUGCAGCUCAGAAGUGAAAGUGUUAGCACUGUGACCCCGUCCUGCCCCCCGCGGGUGUGACCGCUUCUUCUUAUUCAUCAUGUUGCUGAACCAGAAAAACAGGCUGCUGGUGCCAGGAGAGCACACUGACCUUUCCUGGUUUUACACUGCUAGUGAAUAAAGUACUUCCCAGAAAUGGACCCGUUUCCCACCUCCACUACACUUUCCAUGGAAAAACCGGCAAUUCUUCACACGCUGGUCUCACGGGAUUCCCCCGUACCAUAACGGUUACAACUGUCACUUUGCAUUCGGAAGGUUCUGGGUUCAAUCCUACCUCCGGGUAUAGUACCCGUGAGCAAGGUUGUCAUC